AUGGGCAAGGCAAAUCCACUUCUAUGUGAUAAUGUACAUGUGUCGACGUUUUCUGCGUGGGUGUACCCAGUAUCCAGUACAGUGGCAGGGCUACGCUCGCUCGCACGAUACUUUGCUGACGCGAUUAAGGGUACGAGAAGGGAGGAUGUAAGCUCAAAUUGGAAGCGAGAGAGUGCUAGCCUCGACGUCAUCCUCGAGCUUUGUAUGAUGCGAAAUGUGAUAACCUUGACAUCCCCUCCACUAUUAUGGCGUAAGCUCAAUACAUAG